AUGAGGACAUUUUAAGUUCCGAAGAUGUAGAGUUAUCACGAAGGACAUAGUCGUAAAUUUUAUGUACUUGAAAAAGUAUUAUUAUCAUUUUCCAUAUUUAAAUUAUUAUUUUCGUACAAGCCUAAUUCACAAAUAAAUAAAUAAAGAAGGAAAAUAGUGAGAGAGAAAUGAAGUGGGGAGUGGAAAAGGAAAGAGUCCAAGAAAAGACCACCUAAGCAAAUUAAUUCAUGUCUUUAUUCAAUGUAAGCUCUCUCUCUCUCGUCAGGUACCUGCUGCUCUCUUCAAACCAGCGCGUGUACCCCUUUUCCCAAAACAAGUUCAAAAACCAUGCAAAACAAACCAAAACACUCUCUCUCUCUUCACUAGGACCCACCGAGCCCCGACGGGGCCCCACCAUCAACCCGCUCUCGCUGCCUUAUCCCCACAUUUCUCACUCACUCGAGAAAUAAAAAGGGCCCCUCUCUCUCUCUGUGGGGUCAAUCGAAUUCCCCCACCCUCUCAAAGCCCUAAUUUCCCCUCUCUCUGAGCGCCCAAACCCUAAAACCACCACCACAACCACCACCCAUGGGCUCAGAGAUGGCCCUUGCCCCUCUACGCAACCACGAAGACCCGACCCUCAUCCCCACUGCCGUUUUGUCCUCCGCCGCCCUAGAAACGGCGUCGUCCCGUCAGCACUCCCAGCAAUCCAUACAAUCUCUACAGCCCAAGACACAUAACCAGCUCUCUCAGACCCGAAAGUCCGCGUCUUCCAGGGACCGCCACACCAAAGUCAACGGCCGGGGACGGCGAGUCCGGAUGCCGGCCAUGUGCGCCGCCCGGAUCUUCCAGCUGACCCGGGAGCUCGGCCACCGCUCCGACGGGGAGACCAUCGAGUGGCUCCUCCGCCACGCCGAGUCCUCCAUCGUCGCCGCCACCGGUACCGGCACUCUCCCGGCCGAGCCGAUUUCGACCUCCGCCCCCGCCGUCUCCUCCCAAGUGCCCUCCCUCGCUUGCCGGGCCCACCCGCUCAGCUCCCUCAAUGGCGGCGGGCAGUUCAUGUACCCGCUGGUGUCGUCGGCUCAUCAGGCUCAACCGAAUCAGCCGCAUCAGCAGCCGAGCAUUCGGCUGGACUUGUGCCAGCCGGCGGGGUUGGACUACACCGAGUACCGGCAGCACAUGCCGUUCACGUCGUUGCUGCUGCAUCCGGCGGAGAAUGAGGAGGAGGAGGAGGAGGAUGGGCAGCAGGAGGAGGCUCUGUGUCUUGGGGAUGGAUAGAUAAAGAAAAUGCGUGGGGGUGUGUGUAUAUCAAAGUAGAUAAAGCAAAUAGGAAGCAAGCAAUAGAGGGUGGGGUUGGUUGGGUACAAAAAGUGUAAGGCAUGUGAGUGUUGUGUGUGUUUUGGGGUUUUAAGUUAAGAAGAAGAGAAGAGAGAAUAGGUUUUGGGUUUUUGGGUAGUUUAGACAAAGGCCCUUGCCUUUCUUUAAAAUAUGAUGUUGUUGUUCAUCAAUGGUUUCUUCUGUGUAGUAAGUAGCAAGCAGUCUUGGUCUAGAGUGGGGGAGGAAAGAUUGGGGCUUUAGAGUUUGGCUCUUUAAUCUGUAAAUGUUCUUCUUCAAGGCAUCAUCAAAUCAAAUUUAAUAAAA